CACGAAAUUCCCAAUCUACAAAGCCAACUCUACACACCACUGUUCCAAACAUGAACAACCAAUCCAAUUACAAGAAAAACUCCACACACCGCUUCCAAGCCAACGUCUCACUCGACGUGUCCCUCAACUACAGCUUCGGAUUCACCAACGCCGCGGAAUCCAGCACCGAAUCCACCACAAACACCGCAUCAAAGCCUAAAGCAAAGCUAGCGCCCAUGUCGAAAUGUCACGUCUGUCAGUGGGAGUCAAGGGCGAUGGUCUGUCUGGGGUGCGGUCACGAUAGGUUGAAGUGUGAAGUUUGCACCGGGACGAAGGGGGGAAAGGAGGAGGAAAAGAAGUCAGGGUGAAGGGUUGUUGAGUUUGGGGGAGGCAUGGUUGGGGGAAAGAGAUGCUUGGAAGUGGUGUGGUCGUCAGGACGGUGUUUGCAUGCUACGCGGCCAAGCGGUCAUGCGAAUGUCGUAUUGCCAUUUCUCGCGCACUAUUUUCUUGCUCUGGGAACCGGGAAGAGAGUGUCUACAGCUUGCUCUUGCCUUCAGCCUUGAUACGCGCAUGGUAUCGGUCCCUCAUCUC